AAUGUGGAAGAUUAUUGAGUUCCAACUCCCACAAGUUGCAUCAGGCUUAUAAAAAGCUCAAACAAUCUCAUGGUGCUGACUAUGCAAGAAGCCACCCGCAAAUGAAUGCCACGGAGAAGCAAUGGACUGAACUCAUUGAUGGGAGAUGGACCAAUGAGGAUUGGCUGAAAAAAUCAAGAAAGAACUCUGAAAAUAGAAAUAAAACUAAAGGCAAACAUAGAUGUGGGACAAAGGCACUUGCUGUUAGGGUUGAUGAGGAGACAAAUAAUAAUGAUGGUCAAGUUCCUGAAUUGGCGAAAAUCUUCAAAGAUGUUCAUUUCAAUCCAAAUACAAAUAUGUGGAUACACCCUGAUGAUGAAGCAACAUAUGAAAAUAUUCUCAAAGUGCAAGCGGAUCAUUGUCAAGAUCCUAAUGCUAUUCCCCUUACACAAGAGGAGAUUUCAAACUUGGUGUUUAAGAAGAAGUCUGGUAUUGUAAAAGGACUUGGCAUGAGACCUUCCUCUUCUCUAGUAACCACCGCCUCCUUUAAUUCAUCGGUGGAGUAUAUCCAACGGUUAGAAAAUGAGAUAAUUGAGCUCAAAGAGGCAAGAGUUAGAGAUCAAGAGGAGCGAGCUAAGGACCAAGAUGCACGAACUAAACAAGAUGAGAUUUCUUAUUGGUGGCUUUUAGGGGAUUUACUUUUGGCAUUACUUGAAGACAUAUGAGAACAUCUUCCGUUAGUUCUAAAAUAGGGUUUAGGUAGAGUUAUUGUAUGUAUUGCAAACAAUUAUUGUAUGGAAGAAGUUUGAAUUAGAUACUUAUUUUAUUUUUUACUUGUGGAAU